AUGGCGGGGAGCGUGUCGGGGCACCUGCUCGGGGGGCAGGCGGCCAGCGCGGCGGCGGACGUGGAGGAGCUGCGGAAGGCGCGACUGGCGUUCUUCCGGUCCUCGGCCUUCGUCGACGAGGACAACGACGACCUCACCGUGGCCCUGGCCUCCAUGAGCACGCAGACGAGCGCCGUGGCACGGCCAGCGCCGCCGCAGGACGGCGGCAAUCUGCGCGACCUGCUCAAGGAGAUGAAGGCCGGGCUGCCGGACAGACGGAACCAGGGGCGCGAUGCGGCCCCAGCGGCCCCAGCGGCGAGGGCCGCCGCCGUCGACUCGAGCCCCGAGCGCAGGUCCACGACGGAAUCGGCUGAGUUCGCGACGCCAUCGUCGUCCGCGGCGUCGUCGUCUUGCGGCGGCCGCUCCAAGGCGCCGUCGUUCGGCAUGGCCUCGCCCUUGGCCUCGCCCUCGCGCAGCGCCAGCGGCGCCAGCCGAAGCGACUCCCCGGCGUCCUUCUCGUCGUCCUCCGAGCGUGGCGACGCCCUGCCCUUCGUCGGCAGCCCGGCGCCGUCAGGCCGCGGGGUCGGGUCUGCCUCCCUGAGCACGCCGAUGACGUCCUCGCGGGCCAGCUCGGUGGAGACGCCGCCGUCCUCCGCGGGCCACCUUAGCCGCGACGCCUCCAUGGACAGCGUCGCCUCGACGUCAACCUCGGCGUCGACCUCGGCGUCCGGGCCGUCGCGCAGCCUGAGCGUCGUCAGCGACUGCAGUGAGGUGGACAGGCUGACGGAGCAGCUGUCCGCUCCCCAGGGCAUCGCGGACUUCAGAGCCGCGCUGAACCGCGCGCAGGGCGUGGACGCGGCCGGCGUGCCCGACGUCAACACCCUGGCCGUGAACCGACUGCUGCGCCGUCUCGAGGCCACCAUCGCCAGCGGCCAGCACCAGGAGGCGGCGCGCCUGGCCAAGGACCUGGCCAGGCUCAAGAUCUCCUGCAGAGUGACGCGGCAGCGCAAGCAGCUCGACACCAUCACGGUCGACAUGUACGUCGAGGACAAGGUGUCACACCAGGGGCCCAUCCCACUGCAGGUGACGCCCAGCAUGACGGUGGGCCAGUUGGCUGCCAAGGUGGCCCAGGAGUUCCAGCUGCCGGAGAACGUGCAGCGCUGGAUCCUGGGCAAGCAGCUGGCCAACGACCGGGCGAGCACACUCAGGGACCACAACGUGGUCGAGUCGGGCUGCCCCGUCUUCCUGUACCUCGUCGCCCCGGAGCCCGAUGCUGAGAGUAGCGACGGUGACGGCAGUUCGAUCUCCGGGCACUCUGGCCACUACUCGAACGGCCUGGGCGAGGCCCCGGCACCCGAGCCGAAGCGUCCGCCACCGCCGCCUGCCGACCCCAACAGGCGCGGCGGGUGGUACUUCAACUACGAGGAGGACCGCUACAGCUUCUGUGAGGACUCCGACGAGGACCUCUCCGAGGAUGACAAGGCACCCGUGGGGCCGCGGCAGGCUGUGUCCACCACGCCGACCCCCGCGCCCCGACGGGUCACAUCGCCCGCACCGCCAGCCCACGCCGUGGCGUCCCCCUUGCCGGAGCCUGCUACCCUCCGAGUGACCUCUCCGGAGCCACCCACCCGGACCGUGACCUCGCCCACUUCGCCUGCGCCGCCGAACAGGAGGGUUAAGUCUCCCGAGCCAGCGGUCCAGCGCGUUAAGUCGCCUGAACCGGCCGCCCGGGGGGCCGCCCCGCCGGAACCGGCAAGGACGGCGACGGCGGCCGCGCCACGCACCACGACGUCAGCGUCACCACCGCGACCAGAGACGCUGUCGCCCACCCCCGCGCCCAGGAGGGUCUUCGGGUCCGCGGCCGCGCCGCAACCGCAGCACCCUCCUGUGCGACCGCAGACGUCCGGGUACCGCAGCCAGCCCCUGCAGACCGUGCUCGCCACCGCCACCACCAACACCCCCACCAACACGACCACCGCGCCGAAGGUCCCCGCCUCGCCGCCGCCCAUUCGCGCCGCCGCCGCAGCCCCAGCAGCCGCCAAAGGUACUGCCACGGCUGCAGCCGUCAAGGCCACUGCUGCACCAGCGGCAGCUCAAGCUGCGGCCACCGCGGCGUCCGCAGCAGGGACGUCCACGUCGUACGAGAAGGCCGAGAAGCUGCCCAGCUGGCGGUGCCCGCGCUGCACACUGCUCAAUUCGGGCGCGGCUGAACUGGGGCUGGCCGACGCGGAGGAGGCGGAGCGGCGGCAGCGCGAGCGCCAGUACCAGCUGCUGGUCAACCUGGAGCGCCAGGACCUGGUGCCAAGCGUCGAGGCCUUCGAGUGCUCCGUGUGCCUGACGGAGCACCCCGGCGGCGCGGGCGCCGUGCUCAGAGAAUGCCUGCACACCUUCUGCAGGGCGUGCCUCAUCCAGACGGUGCAGUUCUCCGACGACGCCGAGGUCAAGUGCCCGUACCGCGACAAGGAGUACGCCUGCGACUGCGUGCUGCAGGAGAGGGAGAUCAAGGCGCUGGUGCCCGCCGCCAUGUACGAGCAGCACCUGGCCAAGUCCAUCAAGCAGGCCGAGCGCAAGAUCGAGAACGCGUUCCACUGCAAGACGCCGGACUGCGCGGGCUGGUGCAUCUUCGAGGACAACGUCAACGAGUUCCGGUGCCCGGUGUGCAGGGCCACCAACUGCCUCACUUGUCAGGCCAUCCACUCGGACGCCAACUGCGCCGAGUACCAGGCCCGGCUGCAGCGCGAGGCGGCGGACGGCUCCAACGAGGACGCGCGCCGGACGCAGGCCAUGCUGGAGGAGAUGGUGGCUCGCGGUGAGGCCCUGAGCUGCCCGUCGUGCCACGUGGUGCUCAUGAAGAAGUGGGGCUGCGACUGGCUGCGCUGCAGCAUGUGCAAGACGGAGAUUUGCUGGGUGACGCGGAAGCCUCGCUGGGGGCCGGGGGGGAAGGGUGACACGACGGGGGGCUGCCAGUGCGGAGUCAACGGCAUCAAGUGCCACCCCAAGUGCAACUACUGCCACUGAGCCACCCUUCAUAGUUGCCGACCCGAUUGUUUGGUAUUCGAGUUUCGGAGAGUAGUAGUCAGCAUUUAUAAACCACCUGAUCUCAGAUUGAGGAAGUUUUGCUUUAAGAGUGCACGGUUUGAAAAUUCCUCACAUUGCUUCAUAAUUGUUGUAUAUUUGAUUUUGCCUGGUGGAUUUUAUUGUGACCAAAAAAUGAUUGUUAACUGUGACAAUAAUCUUAGUAGACUAAAAGAGUAGAACUCUACCAUUAUGGUGCUGAGUAUGUUUUGUAUAUUUUGUAAUGAGACAACUUAUCUAGUUGUUCCUUAACUGUGAUGGACAUGGUCACUUUGCCUUUAAGUGAAUAUUGUCAGACAAUUUUUGUUUUGAGUUAGUAAAAACUGUGACCUAUGAAUUUGGGACUCUGGCUCACGUUUGCUUUGUUUUUGUAGCCCUGUCAAAUGCAUGUCAUUCUUUCAUAGGGGUCAAUAAAACAAAAUAAUGAUG